ACGCAUUCAUCCUCAGCAUAAAAACCCCAGCAGGCAAAAAGAGGCCAGUAAGACUUUUUUUUAACUACACACUGAAGAACAUGGACACAGACAACGAAGUACCUGUGAUAAGAGAGGGCUUCCUGGUGAAGAGGGGCCACAUAGUUCACAACUGGAAGGCCCGCUGGUUCGCGCUGACGCCUGAUAAGUUGCUGUACUACAAAUACGAAGGAGGGAAACGGGAUUCGUGUCAGAGAGGGAAAAUCCUGCUGAAGGACUGCCUCAUAACAUGUCCGUUCCUGGAGUACGAAAAUCGGCCGCUUGCAUUCAAACUCCAGACCAAGCAUGGAGUGGAUCACUUUUUGGAAGCUUGCUCCAGAGAGGAGAGGGAUGAGUGGGCUGCUGACAUCGCCGCCGCGGUCAACAAGCUGCAGGCCACUGACGGCGGGAAGCUGAUGAGCCAGAAAGAUUCUGCCGAAUCCCGCUUGCAAAACAUCAACCUGAGCAAGGUGUUGGACUCCAUGUAUGAUGUCCACAGUGGGAUCAAGUUGAGCAACCAUGUGGAGCAGGGAAGCACUUACAGCAACUGCUUUUCAGGUUCAGCGGUGGUGGACUGGCUGGUGUUCAUGCAGCUCAGUCUGACCCGUGGGGAGGCCGUGACCUUGGCCUCCGCUCUGCUCGAGGAGGGCUUCCUGCGGACCGUCGGCCUGAGGAGCGUGGAGGCCCUUCGCACCGCCAGCCUCAGUGAGCAGUUCAUGGACGACUCCACUGCCCUCUACAGCUUUCCUGACAGCUUCAAAAAGAGAGGCAGCGUGAAGUCAGAGAGGUCGCGGUCUGCACUGGAGCUGAGUGGCAAAGUCGUCAAAAGAGGAUAUCUGCUGAAACAGGGGCACAGAAGGAAAAACUGGAAGGUGCGACUGUUUGUGCUGCGUUCGGAGCCCGACUUCCUCCAUUAUUAUGACCCCACCAAGGAUGACAUCAGCCCUGUUGGCGGCUUCUCCCUGCGCGGGUGUUUGAUAUCCUCUCUGGAUGAUAAUGGAGUUCCUUCAGGAGUGAAGGGCAACAUUCAAGGCAACCUGUUUAAAAUCAUCACAAAGUCGGACAUUCACUACUUCAUCCAGGCUCCGACUCACCAGGAGAAGAUGAACUGGAUAGACGCGAUCAGAGAGCACACGUAGAACUGCUGUGUCCAGGAUAUUUAACGUAUCUGCAGGGACAAACCUUUUUAUUUUUCUGUGAAUGCACUUUCACUAUAAGGCUAAUAGACACUUUAUAGGUAGUCACCAUUCUGUUCAUUUGUGUUCAACACGUUAAAUCUUAUGUUCUUGUGU